AUGGGCUUCCCAGCUGACCAUCCUGGAUGGUUGGGAUUGAGACAUUCAGGUCACGAGGCGAUGGGAACAUCCGGUGUUAUCCUUGUGGUAGACUGCGAUGUCCUUUGGGUGCCUACCCAGGACAAGCCGUCUGCGUCAGCCAAGAUUUUCCACCUUGAUGUCGACCCUUUGAAGCAGCAGAUUCCUGUUUUCCAUUCCAUCGAUGGCUACAUUCCGUGCCGAUGCUUCCACAGCGCUCAAGCAAAUCAACGACGAUUCCUUGGCUCCAAGGAAUCUAUCACCAUGGACCAAUGGCGGGAUGAGGAGCAUUCGAAGCCCUGA